UUCAUGAACAAUUCAACACGCCAUGAAUAUAAAAAAAAAGUCAAAAGUGUCCGUUUUACCCUACCCUCCCCUAUAACAAGAUAUUUGGGACACGAUUAUAGUUGCGUGUAGCACAGGUCAUCAUUAACGAUAAAACAUAAUUAAUUGUUAUAAGAAGGAUUUAAUGUAAAUAAACAGUGGAACACGAUUCGAUUUGAAUCCAUUACCCAACCUUUCCCGCGACCUAGCCUUUCCUGUGAGCAACAAUGCAGGAUUAGGUUAUGGGGGUGUUUUGAAGACCGAGUGUCACGUGUAAAUGUCAACAUUAGAAGCGAAAAUAAAUCGUCCUGAAUAAAUCGCACACUUAUUUUUUGAAGAUGUCGUGUAUUGGUUUUUACGAUUUGUGUAUCAAUUUCGAUGGAGGCAACAAAGAGAAUUUGAGGCGACUUUUAUCGCGGCUAUAUGAAAUGGGAUAUCGAACAGUUGCAAUAAACCAGACACUAGACGAGAGUGCCCUCGAGGUUGAGAAAAAGAAGAAGAAGAAAGGAGAGAAGACCGAGAACAAGGAUCCCCUUGCAACUGUAAUAAAUCCAUUCGAUGUCGAAGACAUCAAAAAUGAAUUCAAGAAAAAACUCUGCAUCCUUAGUAGGCUCACCUUCACCUUCGCAGACACUGCGAAAACGUACACGUUGGGCCAGUCGACUGGUCUCAAGAAGUUCGACCUCUACGGAGUGAUGCCGAAGAAUCAAGCAGCUCUGCAAUUCGCAUGCUCCCAGGUCAACGUCGACAUCGUGACCAUCAAUUCCUCCAGUGGUAGUUUCAAGUUCACAAGGAAGUUGUACCUGCAGGCUGUUGAGAGAGGAGUUCACUUCGAAAUUCGAUAUGCUGAUGUUAUAGAGAGGAGCACCAGAAAAAGUGCCAUUCAUUACUCACAUCUGUUCCAUGUUUAUGGGAAAAGUAGAAAUGUUAUAGUCUCCAGUGGCACUGGUGACUACACGAUGAUCAGGAAUCCCUAUGAUAUAAUCAACCUUGGUGCUCUUUUUGGUCUCAGUGAGGUCAAAGCAAAGGCUGCGGUUCUAGGACAGUGUCAUCAUCUCAUUCUCAAAGCUGAAGGAAGACGUUUUGGAAAAGCUGUAUUUGCGAUAAAAAUCACUGAAGAAUCCCCUGCAAGUGAUGAAGAUGGUGAAGACGAAGACGAAUCUGAGGAAGAAAUUUCUCCAAAUAAGAAAAAAAUAAAAUUGUGAUUCUGUGAAUGAUAUAAUACAA